GGGAGGAUGUGAGCGCAGGAGGUGGUUGAGCAGAUCUAGGAGGGGAUGUGAUUGCAGCAAGGAAUCUGUGUUCUAUAGAGCUUUAGAAAUCUAUAGAUUCAUCAUAGCAGCAGGGGGAGAAAAAAAACCCACAAAAGAGGCUUUGGGGGUGGGGGGGAGUUUAAAUGGAGGGUCUUUUUAAGUCUGUAACAGUAAUUUGUAGGAAAUAACUAAUCUGCCUUCUGAGAGAGCACUAUAGCUAGAGGCAGAUCUAUACAAUCCCAGCUGUUUAACAUCUAAAGCUGAGAAUAAAAAAGGGCUAUUAGUAUAAAGUAACAGCUACCCCAUGUUCGGUGCAGUCGGAAGGUAUAUUGAUGUAUCUAUAUGAUAUUGCUACAUAUGACAGAUAGAGAGUGACAGUCAUCCUUUUAGUAUUGUGGGGAGAGGGGACAUCUGUCUCUCUUGGUUCCUGGGAGCCCUGAUCAUCUGCCUUGUGUGGCCCCUGGGCUCAGGAUGAAGGAUCGCACCCGGGAGCUGCGAGCUGCGAAGGACAGCGAUGAGGAUGAUGAAGUGGCUGUCAGUGUGGAUCGAGAUCGCUUCAUGGAUGAAUUUUUUGAACAGGUAGAGGAAAUCAGAGGAUUCAUUGACAAGAUAUCCGAGAAUGUGGAGGAAGUGAAGAGAAAGCACAGUGCUAUCCUCGCUUCGCCGAAUCCAGAUGAGAAAACCAAGGUGGAGCUGGAGGAAUUGAUGUCAGAUAUCAAAAAGACUGCCAACAAGGUUCGCUCCAAGCUGAAGAGCAUUGAACAGAGCAUAGAACAAGAGGAAGCAAUGAAUCGCUCAUCAGCAGACCUACGCAUACGGAAGACACAGCAUUCAACUUUGUCACGCAAGUUUGUCGAUGUCAUGUCGGAAUAUAAUGCCACACAGUCGGAUUACCGUGAGCGAUGCAAGGGCCGUAUCCAGAGGCAGCUGGAAAUCACUGGAAGAACCACAACAAGUGAAGAACUAGAAGACAUGUUAGAGAGUGGGAACCCGGCCAUCUUCUCCUCGGGAAUCAUCAUGGACUCAAGCAUCACCAAGCAGGCUCUGAAUGAAAUCGAGACUCGGCACAGCGAAAUCAUUAAAUUGGAGAACAGCAUCCGCGAGCUGCAUGACAUGUUUAUGGACAUGGCAAUGCUGGUGGAGAGUCAGGGAGAGAUGAUAGAUCGUAUAGAGUAUAAUGUGGAACAUGCCGUGGAUUAUGUGGAAAGGGCCGUCUCUGAUACCAAAAAGGCCGUCAAGUACCAGAGUAAAGCUAGGAGGAAGAAGAUCAUGAUCAUUAUCUGCUGUGUGGUACUUGGUAUUGUCAUCGCGUCAACGUUUGGAGGAAUUUUCGGAUAGGGGCAGCAGUAGGUCGCAUGUUCUGGACAUAUGGCGGAAAAAAAAGUGGCACAUGGUGCGAGCCACACCUGUUAAUGGGGGACUGACCGCGAAAACACGCUUCCCGAUUGGAGAGCCCCUCUGCAUGACAACCCUGUGUGUAACCCAGCGCACGUACCCAGAGAGCGAUUCACUUUUCUGUAUGGAAGGGGGAGGAACAGUUAUAAUGACGUAAGAUCACUGACAACACAUGGGUUGCGAAGUGAUGCUCCUCUGUUCUUCUCAUCAAGAAGAGCGUUUUUUUUUAUUUAUUUUUUUGUUUCUUGUUGUUGGUUUCUUAAUAUUUUUUCUUUUCUAAUGACAGAUCCAGCCAGGUGCUUUUAGGGAUCAAUAUAAGGUUAGACCUCCAGCACUGCCUUUGUAUUCUGUCCCAGUGCCCACCAGAUGCCUUUUGGGUUUGGAGCUAGAUUUGUCUCUGCCAAGGUCAACUUAGACACCAGUGUUGGGCCAAGAUGCCAAGCACAGUCAACAGUUAUUUCUUUUACUUAGGCCCCGAACAUUCCUCCCCCUCUAUAAAGCAAAAAAACAACAACUUGGGGACAGCGCGUUGGACAGACCAUGUUGGCCUCCCCUUUGCAUGAUAGGGUCUCAGUGUUUGGUUAAACUAUUCAAGGUUGGAGUCUGUUUAGUGUGAUCCUUUAUCAUUACCUCUCCUGGAGAGGGGCACAUCCCUUUUUGGGUUCUUUUUAUUUUUGCUAUUUGUUUUUGUUUGUUUGUUUUUUAAAUUAAGUGCAUACAUUCCAUUUUUGCAAUUUUGUGAGCAAGGUGUCAACCUCAAUGUCUCUCUCAAACCCACGUAUGCAGAAUUGAUAUGUGAAGCAAGUCCAGAGUCAUUGAAGCUGUGAAGAUGUCGCAGUAGGGCAGUGCAGCACCAUCCGUUGAGUUUGUGAUGGUUAACCAAGCCCUGAUGUGCCUUACAGCUUGUUCCAGUCAGGAGUUAACCCUUUCAGGGCUGCAAAGCGUUUUUUACAAGGUCUUCCCAACCCUGAAGGGAUUAAUCACCAGCAUGCUUUUGUGCAGAGAGUUUUAUAUUUGGUGUUUUAUCUUCCUGGUGUAAUUUGUCUGCACCCCUUGUGUGGCAUUUAAUAAAUUAUGUGAGUUUGGGAAGAUGCAAGAAA